CCGCCGGCGCCGCCCCCUCCCGUCGGUACCGGCGCCGGCCCCGCCCCCUCCCGCCGGCCCCGCCCCGCCAUGGCGGCCCCGCGCCGCGCCUGGUUCGUCUUCGGCUUCAGCCCGGAGGAGGCGGUGGGGGAGCCGGGCCCCGGCCCCGGCCCCUGGCGGCUGGAGUCGGGCCCCGAGGGGAUCCGCCGUGUCUGGCCCGCCUGGAGCUACGUGGUCGUGGAGACCGGCGCGGGGCUGGAGGUGCGGAGCGCGGGGCUGCGGCGGCCGCUGCCGGGCUGGGCCGAGGCGCUGCCCUCGGAGACGCACGUGGUGCUGCGGGGCCCGGCGGCGGCCCAGGCCUGGCCGCGGGCGGCGGCGCUGCGGGGCGCGGGGGAGGGCGCACCCGCCUGGAGCCGGGCGCUGCCCCCGGAGCCCUGCUGCCCCCCGCCGCUGCCGCUGCUGCCCGGCGGCUUCGCCACGCCGCGGCCGCCCUUCUUCACCGCGCUGCCCGGUGCGCUGCGGGCCCGCCGGCUGGCGCUGGGCCACGAGCACGUCCUGGUGCUGGGCGCCGCCGGGGAGGCCUACGCCUGGGGUGGGGGCAGGCAUGGGCAGCUUGGCCACGGGACCCUGGAGUCGGUGAAGGAGCCGCGGCUGGUGGAGGCGUUGGCUGGCGUGCCGAUGCAGACUGUGGCAGCCGGCGGGUGGCAUUCGGCCAGCAUUAGCGAGGCAGGAGACCUGUACAUGUGGGGCUGGAAUGAGUCGGGCCAGCUAGCUCUGCCCUCCAAAGGGCUGGCUGAAGAGCAGGCACAGGAUGAGGACGCGGGUGCAGGGAAUGCUGAGCUGCCGCCCCGCCAGGAGCAGCCAGCUGCUGAGGGCACCGCGUUCAUUUCCAUCCAGGCGUUCCCAGCCUUGCUGGAUCUGCCGCAGGACCUGGAGGUCAGCAAGGUCAGCUGCGGGUCCCGGCACACGGCUGUUAUCACACGAGGCGGCGAGCUGUACACCUGGGGCUGGGGUAAAUAUGGGCAGCUGGGACACAGGGACAAUGCCAGCUCUGACCAGCCACGCCGCGUCGAGCACCUGGUGGCCGAGGGGCUGCAGGCAGAGGAGGUGGUGUGUGGGCUCUGGACCACCUACGUCUGUGUGCUGGAGCCGGAGCCGUGAGGGCCCUGAAGCCCACCCCCCCCACCACUACAGCUGCCCGCAGUGAGGAAGACAGAGGCAAGCUCCACUCCUGCCAGGACCCUCAGAGCUGAGGCAGGCAGCCCCCCACACCUGGAUCGGGCCAGGUUUAGCCCAUGGUGAACUGAAUUCACAUGCCAGAGUCCAGGCUGCAAUGGCACGAGUGCUCAAGGCAACUAAACAAAAGGCUGAACAUAUUUAUGGUAUCUAUUUUUCCAUAAUG